GGGUCCGGCGGGCGGUGAGCGCGGGGGGUCGCCGGACGAGAGCCCUGGUGGGAUGAAGGGCUCCGAGAGCCCUGGUGGGAUGAAGGGCUCCGAGAGCCAUCGCGGGUGUGCCCAAAAGCUGCCAGCUGGACUUGGGUCUGAGAACGGAGAAUAACAAUGAGAAGACCCUGUUACCUCCGCCUCUUUCGAUAUAACCGGGAGCUAAGGCUCCUCUUCUGGCUGCUGCUCAAGGGCAGGAUCAAAGCGCGCUGAUGUUUACCUUCUUAAAUCUGUUGCUGUUUUGAAAGUGUUUGUGUUUUCGGUGCAGAGCAUGGAGAAUGAUGAACUUCCGCCAGAGGAUGGGCUGGAUUGGUGUGGGGCUGUACUUGUUAGCAAGUGCUGCAGCUUUUUAUUACGUCUUUGAAAUCAAUGAGACUUACAACAAACUAGCACUGGAGCACAUUCAGCAACACCCCAAGGAACCACAGGAAGGAACCACAUGGACACACUCCUUAAAAGUACGACUGCUAUCCUUGCCGUUUUGGCUGUGGACGAUAAUAUUUUUAAUACCAUACUUACAGAUGUUCUUGUUCCUCUAUUCCUGUACAAGAGCUGACCCCAAAACUGUUGGGUAUUGCAUCAUUCCUAUCUGCUUGGCUGUUAUUUGCAAUCGUCACCAAACAUUUGUGAAGGCCUCUAAUCAGAUCAGUAGAUUACAACUAAUUGACACUUAGCUCAACUUCUAGUUUCUGUUGCUGAUUUGAAGCAAUUGCAUAUCAUUGAUCUAAUCACAAGACUGAAGUUCUGAGUGAAGGCCGGAAAGAGCCUUUUCUGUCAAACUGAUAAGCAAUGAAGAGAGAGACUGUUUUCUAUUUAAAACAAACGAGUAACUACAAAGGUUUUUAAUUAUGGAUUAUUGAGUGGCCAGAGUGGAAGAGACCUGUGUGACAUGUGAUGGAAGUAUUCAUCAUUUUGCCUUAAAGAUGCAAAAUUGCAACUCUCCAUCUGAAAGGUCCUGUGGGGAAACAAGUUUCUGGUCCACAACUUUACUCCUCUGUGCAAAAAAGUGAUUUCCUAUGUUUUCCCUUGGAGUGAAAUCAAUGAAAAGAUACUUCUUUUGUGGUAAAUGUAAAAGGAAAAAAAAAGAUUAAGAAUGUGAUUAUAAAAGCUGCACUUAACACAAUUCUUUGCUUUUUCUUUUUUUUUUUUUUAUUAUCUACAUCAGUGCUGUUUUUAAUGAAUUUUUAAAAACAAGUUUCAAUACAAAAACAGGAAGCAAAGAAUAAAGUUUGUGCAAACCAUUAAAGGGAAAAAGUACAUUUUUUUCUGUGGUAGCCUACUUGUUUUCAGUCACAACAGUCCCACACUAGUAGGCAGGCAGUGAGGAGUGCCACAGGCCUGGAGCUUGAUGUUUUAAACUGCUCCUAUGACAUCAAAAGCAGCCUAUGCUGGCAUUAGUCUGUAGUCUGCACAAAAGUUUUUGUGUUUCCUUCUCCUAUCAUCUUGCUUGAUAAAAUUAUAAGUUACUGAAAUUUAUGACCAUUCUAAUUUCACUCCAGACAUCACGCAAAACCGUGUUCCAAGAGAACGGAUAUAUUAGGAAAAGCUUUGAAUUUGGGAAAGUUAACUGGUUGGGGGAUGCAACUAACAGGUUGUAAGACAGAUAAUCAUGUUUCUUCCAGAAAUUCAAAGAAGUAAGGUACCUUCUUAUCAUUCUUGUAAUGAGUGCAAAUUUCUUCAGUCAUACUGAAAUUCCGUGGAGAUUUUUUUGCCAUAGUUUCAACCUCUAUUUUUCAGUGCUAUUUUGGAAUAGCAUAUUUUGAAUAAGACUGAAUCUAUUCUUUCUCUGUCCAUUUUUGUUUCUUCUGAGAACUAAAUUUUUGUCCCAGGCAUGAUGGAAAUAACAAAUAUGGAAACAGUGCAAAAUACACUUCUCAGAAGUAGGCUCAAAAGAAUUAUGAGCUAAUCUCCUUGACUGUAACUUCAACUGUAUGUGAUUAUCCAUACCUAAUCAUCACAAAUGCUAAUCCAUUUCUGACUGCUUUAAGGGAAUCCUGGAGAGUGCCGUCUUUCUCUUGCUUUGGAAAGAGAACACUAUUUUCACUGUUGCUGUGUUUAAGCCUUGAAGUUCCAACACCUGAAACUUUCUGUUUGCACUUGGAGAUACUUUGAGACACUGGUUUCAAUUGUCAGCAUUGGUGCUAGGACCUGAAAACAAUGUAGCCUUUGUAAGAAGGGUUUAAGUUCUAAGUGCAAUAUGAAAAUGAGGAAGCUGCCAUCUUGGUGUGCUGGAGUAAAUUAUAAACUCUGACGAGUAGUUAGUGUCUUGGGGAGUCAGAGCUUUUAAGUUGUGUUGUUUCUCAACUUUGAAAAUCACCAUGCUAUUUAUCUAUAAAAUAAAAACUUUUCAAUGUUUAUAAA